AUGUUAAACGGAUAAUGCCAGGCCUGAGAAUGACAGCACUCAUUUUUCUUGCCCUUAUGUCUGUCAUCAUUUUAGGGCUGUUUCGUACCCAGCAUGGUGACUCGAGUUACCCACAGACCAACUUUGUGAAAUGUUAGUCUGUGGGCUUUCAUUGCAGAUACCUGUUUUCAGGAGCACUUAAACACUGUUGGGUCACUACCACUGAUGAAUGACGGUGGUUGGUAAGUUGUGUGCCCUUCUGGCAUUAAGGGGAAUUUCAGCUGCUGUAUAUUAAAACCUUGGGAGUAGCAUAUGCGAGUGUAUUGUUCCAUUGUAUUUUUUAAGCAUGCCUCACAAACAUUUUUUUUUGUGUGCAUAUUGCACGCUUGUACAGUCGACGACCGAUAAUUCGGACUCCACGGGGAACGCAAAUAAGUCCGAAUUAUCGAAAGUCCGAAAAAACGAAUGCGUCAGAAUAAAAAAAAAAUUCGUUUAUUGACACUUCAGUCUACCGGUGGCCGAAAAAAGUCGUUAAUGCGUUGCUGCAUGCACUCCCGCUUACGUGCACGCAAGUCCGCCUGUAUCUCCGCCAGUGUGAUACGAUCGCUGUACGACGACGAAAGAACAGCGAGGGCUCGAGACAAGUCCGCAUGCGGCGGCUCUGGAGCACACGGCGCGUCAUCAUCGUCAGAGUCAAAACCGCUGUUUGGUGGUUGCAAAACCUGCUCAAUUAUGUCGUUGUCAUUCAAUUCGGCACACGACGACACUGCACUGCUGACGUUUGCAAAGUCUUCAACCGUAACAGUGUCGGGAAUCGGCGCACCACAGCCUCGCAGGUCGUUGAUAACGUCCGCACCUGAGCUCGAUGCGCUGGGCGGCAGGUCCGGCUCUUCAGUUGCAUUGUCGGGUUCUUUGCCUGCAGUGUCGGCGGUGUCGGGCUCACUAUGCAACGUAAAUCCUGCGUGCCGGAAACAGUUAGCAAGCAUGCUCACGGCUGACAUCAAAUCAACGUUGUAUUUUAUCUGGCUCUCUAAGCAGAGAAACACGCGCUGCAGCAUGCGUGAACGAUACAGCACCUUCAAAUUCUUAAUGAUACGUUGGUCCAUAGGUUGCAGAAUACUGGUCGUAUUCAGCAGCAGAUAUUCUAGCUCGAUGGCUUUCAGACAGCUAAUCGGCGCGUGGGCAGUACAGUUAUCUACGAACAAAAGGACCUUGCGCUUUUGCAAUACAAACUUUCGGUCCAAUUUUCCGACAUACUCUGCGAACAGCUUCUGCGCGACCCACGACUUCGUAUUGGCUUCGUACCAAACAGGCAGAUUUUUUUUCCCCUUAAAGCAUCGAGGGUUUUUCGAUUUCCCGAUUACCAGAAGCGGGAGCUUUUCCGUGCCAGAAGCGUUGCAGCAGACAACGACAGUGACUCGUUUCUUGCUGAGUUUACCUCCGUGGCAAGGUUCUCCAGAACGGGCGAGUGUCUUCUCUGGUAGUAGCUUAUAGAAAAGCCCGGUUUCAUCAAGGUUGAAGGUGUCGUCAGCAGAGUAGCGCCGAAGCAGCUCUACCAACUUUCCACCGCGGUAGUUCGCUACCAGUGUUCUAUCCACGGCACCGCUCUCACCACACAUUUUUUUGAAAACAAGGUCGUACCGCUUUUUAAAGUUCCGAA